AUGAAAAAAAUUAGGCGCGUUAAUUUACUGAGUGCUAGAGCAACAACUACCGACAGUUUGGCUUCCGACGACGAUCGAUCUAUUGCAGCAGAUUCAUGGUCAAUCAAGAGCGAGUACAGAAGCACUCUCGACGACGAUCAGCGCCACGCCGACGCAGCCGAGAGUCUCUCCUCCGCCAACUUCCGCGUCUCUUCAGAUUACAGCUAUUGGGACGCUGCUUACUCUGAUGAGCUCUCUAAUUUUAGGGAGCAUGGCCAUACCGGCGAGGUUUGGUUUGGUGAUGAUGUGAUGUAG